GCGUUGCACAAUCCGACUGGGCUGUUCGAAUUCAAAGUCACAUGGGAGCAGAGAUAUAAAACUUUCAGCAUUCGCUGCUGUCCCUUCAGUUGUUUCUGCAGGGAAUCCUUACAGGUCGUGUCCGGACCGGAGAGCGAGGCAGGAGGAGACUCCGAGGUGAGCUAUCAUGAAGGCCAUUCUCCUUUCGGUGACCUUGCUUGCAGUGCUUCUGGCAGUGGUUGCCGCCUCCUCGAUUGAUCCAGCGCUGAAUGAGGACUGGGAGAAGUGGAAGCUGUUGCACGAGAAGCAGUAUACAGAGGAAGAAGAAAUUGUUCGGAGAAUGGUGUGGGAGAAAAACUUCAGGUUUAUUGAAUAUCACAACCUGGAAUACAUGAAGGGAAAACACACCUAUGAUCUUAAGAUGAACCAUUUUGGAGACCUGACCCUGGAGGAGUUCAACAAGCUUAUGAAUGGCUUCCGUCUGCCCAAAUCCAGGAACUCAACAGAGCACCUUUUAAAGUUUCGGGAAUCAGUUGAGAUUCCACAGGAAAUUGACUGGCGUGAAAAAGGAUAUGUCACUCCUGUGAAAAAUCAGGGCAGCUGUGGAUCCUGCUGGGCAUUCAGUGCAGUUGGAGCAUUGGAGGGACAGACCUUUAAGAGGACAAAAAAACUCGUCUCCCUCAGUGAGCAGAACCUGGUCGAUUGUUCAUGGGAACAGGGGAAUGCAGGAUGUCGUGGUGGAUGGAUGGAAAAUGCCUUUUUGUAUGUACACAAAAAUAAUGGAAUUGACUCUGAGGUUGGAUACCCCUAUACUGGGAGGGAGGGUACCUGUGCUUAUGAAGUCGAAUUCAAAGCUUCCAGAUGUUCCAAUUACUAUUUUGUUUCGCAAGGUAACGAACAAGCUCUAGCUCAAGCCGUGGCACAAGUUGGACCGGUUUCGGUUGCAGUUGAUGCCACACAUCAGUCCUUUAUGUUCUACCAUUCAGGUAUUUAUUAUGAACCGAAUUGCCAGACAUACCUCAUGAGUCACGCGAUGCUGGUUGUCGGCUAUGGAAGUGAACAUGGACUGAACUACUGGAUUGUUAAAAACAGCUACAGCACUCAAUGGGGAAAUCAAGGCUACAUUUUGAUGUCCAAGGAUAGAGAUAACAAUUGUGGCAUUGUAACACAUGCUGUCUUUCCAGUGAUUCUGGACUGAGUCUCACACUGUUAUGCAGGAAGUGCUUCACCCUCUGCGUGUGACUGUGUGAGACAGAGAGCUUGCUGGUUUGCUUACUGUUGCUUUGUUUACAAUUUUGUGUGGUGAUAUGAACAUCGUCUGUCUUUCCUGGAAAUCAAACUACUGUUUAAAUUGUGAACACAGUGAAUGCAAUGCUUGUUGGAUGAUUGGAAUUGGAUGAUAAACAAAUCUUAUUGAUAAUGUAAUUCCUGUGACUACUUCUGAGCAGAGACAAGACCCUGUUGACCAGGGUACUCCUCAUCCUCCUCCCCGUGAAGGGAGCAGCCUGGAUGAAAAACUUGACACAGAAAGCCACUUGGCCCUUUGGCUCCAGUUGACUCUGAGUGGAGCAAUCCCAUCAUUAUACUCCAUUCCACAUUUUGCUCGCAGCCCUGCAACUUUUGCUCUGAAAAGCUCACAAACUGUUCUGGUUCUUCAGUCAUUUAACUGCACCAAUAGCAGCUUCCAGUGAUCAACUAAGCUACCAGCACUUCGAUAUUUUUCUUUGAAUUGCUUCCACGGUUUUGCUUCAUGGCUGUCUGGAGAAGACGAAUCUCUGUAUACUGCAAACAUACUUCAAUAAUAAACGCAUCUCAAACUGUGAAUA